ACGAACUUUUUCGAAGCAGGCGAUGGAGCAAUAACGAAAGUCUAUUUAUGCCACAUAUUCAAAUAUAUAUGUAUGCGUGUAUUGUAAAGUGUGUAAAGAUCGAUCUCUGUCGCUGACGUAGACGCUAGACUAUGUCUUAAAAUCUAAACAUAUUACGCAAUUGAAGGACAAAGGUUAGGCGUUUGUUGCCGUAUGCCAUCCUCUCAUGGGGAGUAACGUACAGAACGUGACUUUCUAAGUUCCAAAGGAGCCGAUAUGCCUGAGAACGUGAAAAGGACCGGGCCCUUGAUAGGCGCAAUCGACGAGGGAACGAGUAGUGCCAGAUUCUUGGUGUUCGACGUUUUGCGCAGAAAGGUGGUCGCCCUGCAUCAGAUCGAAAUCAAGCAGAAGUAUCCUCAAGAGGGAUGGGUGGAACAGGAUCCAAAAGAGAUAUUAAGAGCUGUUUUAACAUGCAUAGAAGAGACGGUGAAAAAGAUGAAGAGUCUCGGGUUGUCGGUCUCCGAUAUCAAAGCCAUUGGAAUUACUAAUCAAAGGGAGACAACACUGGUGUGGGACAAGGAGACUGGCGAGCCUUUGCACAAUGCGAUCGUAUGGCACGACAUGAGGACAACUACCACUCUGGAGAACGUGUUGGACAGAAUCCCCAACAAAACGAGAAACAAGAAUUACCUGAAGCCUCUGUGCGGCCUACCGAUGUCUCCCUAUUUUAGCGCCCUCAAGAUACGCUGGUUGAUAGACAACGUUCCGCGCGUGAAGCAAGCGGUAGACGCGCAGAAGUGUGCUUUCGGAACGGUCGACACGUGGCUCAUUUGGAAUCUCACGAAGGGCCAGUUGCACGUUACGGACGUGUCGAAUGCGUCGCGCACGAUGCUGAUGAAUAUCGAUACGCUCAAGUGGGACCCUGUGUUAUGCCGUUUCUUCAGCAUUCCGCAGCACAUUCUUCCCGAGAUACGAUCCAGCGCGGAGAUUUACGGCUCCGUUUCGAAUCCUCAAGUACUCACAGGCGUACCCAUAGCAGGCUGUGUGGGCGAUCAGCAAGGAGCUCUCCUUGGCCAGCUAUGCUUGAAACCUGGUCAAGCAAAAGCUACGUACGGGACAGGAUGCUUUUUGCUUUACAACACAGGAAGUACAAAAGUCGAUUCGACGCAAGGACUGAUAACGACGGUCGCUUACAAGAUCGAACGAUCUCCGCCUGUUUACGCAUUAGAGGGAUCCGUCGCUGUCGCUGGGGCUGCUUUAUCUUGGCUACGAGAUAACAUGCAAAUUCUCAGUAAUAUUACGCAAACGCAGGAUAUGGCAGAGCGUGUAAGAUGCUCCGGCGACGUGUAUUUCGUACCGGCCUUCUCGGGACUGUACGCACCUUAUUGGCAGCAGGAUGCGCGCGGAGUAAUCUGUGGUAUUACCGAGGAUACGCAGCAAUAUCACAUUAUACGUGCAGCAUUAGAAGCAGUUUGCUUCCAAACGAGGGACAUAUUGGAAGCAAUGGUCAAAGAUUCAGGGACGAAACUGACGACUCUGCAGGUUGAUGGUGGUAUGACCGUGAACGAUUUGUUAAUGCAAUUACAGGCGGAUUUAACUGGGAUAUCUGUCGUGAGGCCAAACAUGGUUGAAACGACAGCAUUGGGCGCCGCCAUUCUAGCUGGCAUUGGUGCAGGUUUAAUUGAUAUAAACGAAGUGGACGCGUCUCAAAUAACGAAAUUUUCACCCGAGAUUGGUGAAGACGAGAGAGAUCUCCGUUAUUCCAAGUGGAAAAUGGCUGUGGAGAGAUCUAUGAAGUGGGAUUGUUCUACAACUAUGAUAGACAAUUAAAAUCGUACGCGUAUAUUUUUGUAUCGAGCGUGGAAUGAGUAUCCAAUACAGGAGAAUAGAAACAUUAUGAUAUCUGA